CUGGUAUCCACACUGCCACCAGCUUGGACCAUUCAGCUACUGCGUAAUAGCAAUAGGUGGGAACACAUUGGUCUUGAAGAGGGGACACAAGGCAGGUCUGCCCUUCGUCCCCCCCUCAACAACGUGCCAAGAUGGCGGCAAAACGCAUGUCCAAGAGGCAAGCGCGAGAGGAGGAAGAGCUUGCAGCUCUACAGAAACAGGCAGGUAGACUUUCUACUCCAGGCGAAGACAAGAUCGAGGAAGCAGAUGGAGAAGCGGGCAAUGUAAAGGAUGCAUCCCCAAGCUCGAACUGCAAAACCGUACAAGCACAGCCUGUCAGUGCAUUUGCAGCCCUCAGCUUGAAUUCAGAUGAGGAAGAGCGGGAACAAGACGAAGGGAACGAACAAGAAAGAGAGACCGAGUCUGCACCGGCGAAAGGUAGCUCAAAGACCAAAAAGAAAAAGCAAAAGAAGAACCGAAGCAAGGGACUGCAAACGGAAGAUGCCCUACAAACCGGUGAAGCAAGCGGGUCCACUACUCCCAGUACAGACAAAGGCACACUUGGACUGUCCAAAGGAGGCAGCAAGUAUACGAAUGCCAGAGCGCUGACCAAGGGAGAAAAGCGAAAUGUGGAGGACAUGAGUAUGGACGAGUUUGAUCGUCUCUUGGCGCAGGAGCGAGCCACGUCGGAUGCAACAAGCGGGGCAGUAGCAUCUACAGGUUCCGGAGCGCCGGCAUCAUCAAGCACAGAGUACUGCCUUCUCAACAAGCUGCGAUCAACGCUAAGCUGUACAGCGCAGAACUUUGAUCCUUUUGUCGAGCUGAAGAGGACUUUUGGAGCGGCAGCUGUGAAGGCAUACGAGUCCGAAGCGCGCAGCACUGGCGGAAGCGGCGCUGCAGGCGGGCGAGCAGCCAGAAUGCGGAACGCAGCACACAAUCCCAACAUGCGGUUACGAUGUGUGCUCGUGCAGCCAAAGCCUGAAUGGCUGCCCAUCGCGCAGACUUUCACGGGCAUGAAUAUGGAGGACCACGUAGAAGAAGGGAAGGGCAAGAUUUGCUCGUGGAUUCAUUCGAGGGCUUACAAAGAAGCACAGUACAAUUUUCUCGAAGCGGUUCGAUCGUAUGACCCCAACUCGUUGCACACCCUUAUUCGGAUCUACCCCUGGCAUAUCGACACUUUGCUACAACUGAGCGAGGUCUUACGACAUCAGGGCGACUUGGGUCAAGCUGGUGACUUUGUCUCUCGAGCGUUAUUUGCCUACGAGCGGUGUGCAAAUCCAUCUUUCGUAUCCUCUCUCACCUCUUCCUCCGGUCCCGCGCAAGUCGACUUCUCGCGUAUAGAGAACCGCGGGUUCUAUCUCGCCGCACACCGUCACAUCAAUUACUUAGGGCGCCGGGGGACAUGGCGCACAUCGCUCGAGUGGUGCAAGCUAUUGCUAUCCAUAGCGGCACCCUCAGAUCCACAUGCGGUGCUGCUAUGGGUAGACUUUCUCGCAAUCAAGAGUUCAAGCCACAAGUGGGUGUUGCAGCUGGAUGAGGCCCUCACUCAGGCAAGAGGAAGUGUGGAAUGGGCUGUGGGAUGGCAGUUCGCUAAGGCCCUCGCAUAUCGAGGGAUCGAGAGAGAAGAAAGAAAUCAUGACCAUGCAAAGAGCAAUACGGCGCUAGAGGAAGCGAUGGGUCUGCACCCUAUAGCUGCGCCAGUGCUUUUAAAGAAGCUCGGCACAGAAAUUCCCAUGGAAGCUCUUGAUGACCCGUCGCUACAAGUCGCAAGCUCAUAUUCGGAGAUCAAUGGACGCGAUGCCUAUGUGCACCUCCUCAGCCAUCUGUACGCUGCACGUUCCGAGUCGCUUUGGAAGGAUCACGACCACCAGUCAUGGCUCUCGGAGACUUUUAGGCGAGUUUGGCCUGUCAUUAAAAAAAAGGCGCGCAGACCAAAUCCUCCAGAUGGUGAAACGCUCACCAGCAUCUACCGCCAUGUAAUCGUUUCGGAUAUCCCCGACACAUUGCGCCAGCAGUUGAUCUCGCUUAUGCCGCCCGAUGUGACGUCGCGCUCAGAGCUGCUCGAAGCAUCCGAUCCGUUUCCACCUGCUUACGGCACCCGAUUCGAUGAUGAAUAUUUUGCUGACAUCUCUGGUCGCAUGCCAAGUUCGAACCGGGGUGGACCCGGCGGGAGGCGAGGCGCGCAAGAUCUGAUGAGGAUGAUUCAGGAUGCCCAGGAUCGACUGCCGCAAGAGGAGCAGGCCGGAUUCUUCAAUGACCUGAUCCAGCAAAUGCAUCCUGGUGGCUGGAACGGUGACGAGGAUGGCGAAGCCAACGGUGGCCGAGAGGCACAAGGAGGAGUUGAAGGACAGCAACAUGAUGCUCGUGGGAUUCUGGAGAGACUCAUGGCUUUUUUGCAAGCUCGUAGACCAGAAUAGCAUCUGUAAUCGAGCUGUCCCUAUGACGUGAUUA